AUGGUUUCAAGAGUCAAAUCGAAAGAAAAUGAACUGAAGCAAUUGAUAGAAUUUCAACCUUAUGAGGAGCAAGUCAGGUUGACAAUCUACGAGUUUGACAAUUGUCAUGCCCAAAUAGAGGAAGUUAAAGAGGUUCAAGAUCGCAUUGAUGCAAUUAUCAAGGAGGUGCCUUACAUGAAAGUCCCAAUUCCAGUAAAGUGGAAUACAUUUCUAUGUGAAAUAGAAGGCAGUGGUAAAAAUACUUGGACUGUGAAAGAGGCACUGUCAGAAAUGGGGAAAUGGAAAAUCACUGAUGAGGAUGAAUUGCAGAAUAUGUUGAAGUCUCAUCACGACACAGGCCACAUCAUAUAUCACAAAGGGUGUGAGCUUAUCGUACUUAGGCCACAGUUUCUGAACAGCAUCAUCAGUAAUAUCAUAACAGUCUUCGACGACAAGAAAGUAGGAAGUAAAAUGAGCAACCAUUACAAAGAACUCUGUAAUAAAGGGAUACUUCAUAUAGACAUCAUUAAAGAUGUAUGGAAGGAACAUAAAGGAGAAGGUGCCCAACUUGAAGACAUUAUCGACAUGAUGAUCAAGUUUGAUCUCAUAUGUGAAAUUCCAGAUACAAAUACAGACGAUGGGGAAAGAAGGUUCUUUGUACCAUGCCGUUCUUCUCCUACACUCAAUGCGAAAGAAAACUAUCCAAGAGGUGAUGAAAUCGAAUUCAUCAUAGACUUCUAUUACUUUUUACCAGAUGGUUUCUUACACCGGCUAUACGUCCGAAUGGCAAAGUGGUCAAUGAAGAGACAUGAGUCGCUCAAACCAACUUUUCACUGCAGGCAAAUGAAUUUCUUUAUAGACCAUGAUCAUAGAGUGGUGAUGAACAAUGACAUUGAUAAUAAAGACUAUCAUCAAAUCAAGGUCACAAUAUUUGCAGUUAACCCUUUGAAAUUACAAUCUAAUCGACCAAUGGUCAGCAUAAAUGAGGAUAUUAUUCACCAUCUGGAUAAGACACUUGAGGAUCUCAAAGAUCGCUGGGCAAAAAGAGUAAAGUAUACCGUUGGGAUCCUCUGUUCAUCGUGUAAGGAACAUGAAGACAAAAAAGACAAAAUAAAUUUGAUUCCCCUGGAAGAUAUCCUGAGAGUGAAGGGGAAAAAUGCAACAUGCAGUGAUGGCUGUCCAAUGGAUGUGAGUCAUAUACUGAAGGCAUUUAACAAGCAUCCUGAGGGUACGUAUAAAGCACCUUUUGUAUCCAUACAGUAGAGUUGAAUUUCUUCAUUAAAUUCCAUCUGUGUGUUGUAUUUACUUAAUAUUCAACAAAUUCAUUACAUGGUACUUUUUCAAUUUAAAUUCACUGUUUGUCUCGCCUGCAUUGCAACAGUGAGACAGGCACUGCGUUCCGACGGAGGCAGCGGCAGUGUCAUACAUCAAAUCCUAACCCAGGUUGGAUUUCUGAAAUGCCAUCAUAACCUUAAGUAUAUGGACCUAUUUCAUUAAAGGUCAAGUCCACCCCAGAAAAAAGUUUAUUUGAAUGCAUAGAGAAAAAUCAAACAAGAAUAAUGCUGAAAAUUUCAUCAAAAUCAGAUUUAAAAGAAGAAAGUUAUGAAAUUUCAAUGUUUCGCUUAUUUUGCACAAAACAGUUAUAUACACAAUUCAGUGAUAUGCAAAUGAGAGAGACGAUAAUGUCACUCACUCAUAUUUUGUUUUUUAUUGUUUGAAAUAUACAAUAUUUCAAUUUUUACGAAUUUGACAAAUAGGACACUCUUGUUUGAACCACAGCAUUUUAAAACGAUGGAAUCCCACAUGUUCAGGGAGGAAUUUUUUUUUCACAUGGCAAUGAGGAGGAAAUUUAAAUAUUUCAUAUUUCACAUAAUAAAAUACAUGCUCACUGUUGCAAUUAUGCUUGUCUGAUUUUUCUCUUUCUAUUCAAAGCAGCUUUUUGUUGGGGUGGACUUGUCCUUUAAACUUUGGCAUUAGUCUAAAGUCACAUGAUCAAGGCUAGGUGUCAUUUAUGGUUUGUGGUAUUAAUGCCAAAAACUUACACCAAGUAUAAAAUUUUGAAUUCUCAAGAUAAUUUUGAAAACGAAAAUCAUCAUUUUGAUAAAUUUGUAUGUAACGAUAACGGUAACCGGGCAUAUUAUUAUUUGUUCAUUAUUUUCUAAGCAUUCAUCAAGUUG